AUGAAGUCGGCUGCCAUCACUGCCGUCGUCGGCCUGCUGGCCCAGUCGGCCGCCGCCCAGAACAUGCUGCGGUUCGCCUGCUCGCAGCUCGUCGUCGAGCGCACCGACCCCAUUGUCAACCCCGGCGAGAUCUACACGCCGCACCUGCACCAGAUUGUCGGCGGCAACUCGUUCAACGUCACCAUGGACCCGGCCAGCCACGAUCUGCCGGGCCUGUCGACGUGCACGUCGUGCAACUUCAAGGAGGACCUGUCCAACUACUGGACGGCGGUGCUCUUCUUCAAGGCCAAGAACGGCACGUUCCGGCGGGUGCCGCAGGUGGGCAACGGGGGGCCGCAGGGGCAGCUCGUCAACAAGGGCGGGCUGGACGUGUACUACAUUCCGUCGGGCAAGGUGACGGCGUUCAAGCCCGGGUUCCGCAUGAUUGCGGGCAAGGCGUCCAACACGGACACGAGCAAGGUCAACAAGGGCAACAUCUGCCACCGCUGCUGGAAGUCAACCAACGACAACCAGUUCACGGGCGGCGCGCCCUGCACGGGCGCGGACACGGUGGACGUGCCCACGGACCAGUCGUGCAAGAUGGUGCGGCAGACCAUCAUCUUCCCGACGUGCUGGGACGGCAAGAACCUCGACUCGCCCGACCACCAGAGCCACGUCGCCUACAGCGGCGCCGGCGCGUCGGGCGGCGGCGCCUGCCCCAGCUCGCACCCGACCAAGCUGCCGCAGAUCAUGUACGAGCUCAUGUGGAACACGUCGAGCUUCAUGGACAAGAGCAUCUGGCCCGCGGACGGCUCGAACCCCUUCAUCUACUCGAUGAACAUUGGCGGCGCGGCCGCGCACGGCGACUACGUCUUUGGCUGGAAGGACAAGUCGCUGCAGCUGGCCAUGGACCACAACUGCAACCUCAACAAGGACUGCUCCGCCGCCGGCCUGCACGCGCUGUCGCCCGACGUCUACAACGCCUGCACGAAGAAGCAGCAGGCGCCCGAGGACGUCGACGGCUGGCUCAAGGCGCUGCCCAUGGGCGAGAUGGCGAUGAAAGCAUGA